AUGGUUCUUUCGCCAUUUCUGCGUGGGGUACAGCUUGCAUUGCGUUCCAUUGAAUGGCCCCAACCUACGUCAGCUUCAACUCUCCUGAAUGUCUUCCACUCCGAGCGCGACAUGGCAUCGGCGUCGCCCUCUUCCUGUCUGUCCUCGCCGGCAUCCUUUGUUACCGCGCACGACUCCAUAGUCGACAAGUCUACCGCCGCCAGCAGCCCCGUACAGGAGAAUCCUUGUCCCUAUCGCGAUGCGCGCCAGCUACCCCGCGAGCUGAAGAAUCACUGCCAUAUUUUUCUUGAAGAGCAGCUAUAUGCCUCGGCCAUCAAUCUCCUCAACAGCAUCGCCGGCGCCGGCGCAUCCAAGCGCACUUCCACCAACAGAAAGGGUGUCCCGGUUCCUCCCCCAAGCCAUCUCGCCUUGUUGAGCACACUCGUCAUUCACCCUCUUCACACCACUCGCGCCGAGAAAAAGGAACAUCUCGACGUAUGCUCCCAAGCGCUCGACUAUUUGCGCAACAUUCUCGCCAUUGUUGGCCCCGUCAAUGCCGACUUUAGAACCGCCUUUCAGUUCUACUCAGUACCCCGAUCAGGUCGCAGACGCGAACAACUUGCGUCAGCAAACGAUAGUGAUGUUUCCGACGCCGAGUUGAGCGGCGACGAUGAGCGCCUCCGGGGCAAGAUCGCCAACGACGGCAGUGUAUGGAACCGCGGCCAGGACUUCUGGUCUACUGUCGGCUGGGCCUUUAACUGCAGCACAAUGUACCCCAACCGAUGGCGCUACUGGAAAGUUUGGUUGGAAUUUAUAAUGGACGUACUCGAGGCCGACUGGAACGAGCGCGAACGUCGCGACAAGGCGGCACAGCAGGCCAACGGCCCCGACAGCGAACCGAUCCUGACAUCACGGGAGGAAUCCAUCAUGGCCAUGUACAUGAAUCAGCAGAAUGGACGACAAAGCGGCGCCAAAGGGUUCGUCAAAGCUCUAUUCGCUGAUGGAGGCGAGCUAUCAUCUUCGGCCUACCGCGAGAUCUUUGACAAGGAACCCCGGGGCCCACGAAAACAAUCAAAGAAGCGAAAACGAGAACAAGUGCUCGAUCUAGAAAACGACAAGUUUGGCGACUAUUUCGAGGAUGAAUCCAUGUCGUCUGGUGUCUCAGAACCUCCCACGCCUCAAAAACCCAAGGACACACGCAAACUCGGGAAUGCCGGAAUUUAUCCUCCUGGCAUGGUGGAAUCAAUAAGCAUACGACUGCGCAUUUUCAAGCUCUUGUCGGCCGUGACAUGGUCACGAGGAAAACGAUCAGAGCUCAAUCGUCUUUAUGAGGAGUACACGGCAGCCCUCAAACUCCUACCCCUACCGACAUUCUCUCUUUUCCUUUCACAACGACCCAACAUCUUAUUACCCGAAGCACUUGUCACGAUCAACAAGGAACUUUUUGACCUACUAUUACCUUCAUCAUACAAGAACCCUUCCAGGAUUGAUCCUGAAGGCGACGCCCAGGGGAGUUUGACCAUGCCCAUGUUAGAAUACUGUUAUGUCUUGCACCCUGCAAAUACUGUGGCGCUGGAGGACAAUGCCAAGCUGUCACUGGUUGUCGAGAGUGCCAUCCAGCUUCUAUGGUCGUUUGACAUGAUGGUGUAUUCAGAAGAAUUUGAAGCAGCUGUUGAGAAGGGCAUCAAGGCUAGAGAGACCAAGGCAAAGAAGCGACGGACUGGCAAGAUGAAGGGGGAUGCGGGCGAUGCCAUGGCACAGGACGUCCUGACGAACUCUGGAACAAGGCUCAGGAUUCUUCUCGAGGCGUUAAAGGCUAUUCAGGAAGCGGAGUAAUGAAUUCGGGCUGGUUAGUGGUCAUGAUGGGUUGGUUGGGUAUUUUGAUGGUGACACUUGUUGGUGACUUGAUAUUGUACAAACUUAGACUACCCCUGUACAUAGAUAGACAUUAUGUUGUAAUGAAUGAUGAUAUCCCCU